CCGGCCUCCGCCGCCCCCCCCCCCGCGCCUCCCCUGCCCGGCCAGGUGCUAUAAAUGGAUGCGCUGCGGGCGCUUCUGGAGCUGCUGCCGCUGUGGGCGCUGGAGAGCCGCCGCUGCCGCCGCCGUUAGAUCGUCUGGGGCUGCUGCUGGGGAGCGAACCUGUGGCUGGCCGCGCGGGCUGCUGCCCUCCUUUCCUCCUCUGCCCCUCGCCCCCGUUAUGGAGUGGGGCUGGAGGCCCCUGAAGCUGCCACGCUGAAGCCAUGAAGACCAUCAUCGCUGCCUACUCCGGCGUCCUGCGAGGUACAGGGUCCAGCAUCCUCUCUGCUCUUCAGGAUCUCUCCUGGCUGUCCAAGUCCAAAGUAGAGAAGCAGUUGCAGGCCAUCUCGGUGCUGCAAUGGGUCCUCACUUUCCUCAUCAUGGGUAUUUGUUGCCCUUUUAUCAUCAUGUACCUUCUCUGUACAGACUGUUGGGUGAUUGCCGCUGCGUAUUUGGCGUGGCUGGUGUUUGACUGGAACACUCCCAAAAAAGGUGGAAGGAGAUCUCAGUGGGUCAGAAACUGGGCUGUGUGGCGUUAUUACCGGGACUACUUUCCAAUACGACUGGUUAAAACCCACAAUUUGUUGACCAACAGAAAUUACAUUCUUGCCUGCCACCCGCACGGCAUCAUGUCCAUGGGCGCCUUCUGCAAUUUCGGCACUGAGGCCACGGGCGUCAGCCAGAUGUAUCCUGGGAUCCGGGUGUAUCUUGCGACCCUCGUUGGGAACUUCAGAGUGCCCCUUUUGAGGGACUACUUAAUGUCUGGGGGGAUCUGCCCUGUCAACCGUGACAGCAUAGACUACAUCCUUUCCAAAAAUGGCAGUGGCAAUGCUGUCGUGAUUGUGGUGGGCGGCGCUGCCGAGUCCCUGAACAGCACACCAGGCAGACAUUCUGUGACCCUGAAGAACCGGAAGGGCUUUGUCAAGCAGGCCUUACGACAUGGUGCGGAUCUAGUUCCUGUGUACUCGUUUGGCGAGAACGAGGCCUACAAGCAGGCGAUCUUCGAGGAGGGUUCGUGGGGAAGAUGGGUGCAGGAGAAGUUCCAGAAGUACAUCGGCUUUGCUCCUUGUGUCUUCCACGGACGAGGCCUCUUCUCGUGCAACAGCUGGGGAUUGCUGCCAUAUUCCAACCCCAUCACCACUGUCGUCGGGGAACCGAUCACCAUUCCGAAAAUUGAUAGUCCGAGCCAGAAGGAAGUAGACUUUUAUCACAGCCUCUACGUGAGCUCUCUGAUUAAACUCUUUGACAAGUACAAGACUAAAUUUGGCCUGCCGGAGAUGGAGGACUUGGAAGUCAAUUGACAGCGAGAAGCGGACGGUGCUCUGGUCUUGUGCGUGGUUUGGCGUUGACUUGCUCGCCAGUCUGCAUCAAAGACACUUUUCUGCUGGAGA